AAUUGAUAAUGAUUGAUAAUUAAAUAAGCACAUGGUUCACGAAAUCGCAGAACACGUCUACACUAUUACCUCAAUCAAGGUGAGUCUUUUUCUCAACCCAAUUCUUCAUUUCUCACAAAGCAAAAACCCCAUUUUCCCCUUUUCGAAUCUCACCGCAACCCUUUAACCGUUUCAUACAAUUCAGCUUCUUCACGAACUCCCCUUCUUUCUCUGAAGACAAAGGUACAACCUUUAUGGUAUUGUUUUCGUGCUAUCCAUUUUCUUUUUGCAGAAAGGGUUCUGUUUCUAUGGUUGGUAAAGUUUGCACAAAUUUUCGUUUGGUGGGUUAUAGUAAUUUGUGAUUUUUCUAGAAAUAUAUAACAAGUAAAUAAAAACCCUUGAAUUUGGUUGAAUUGGGUUGUAUAGAAUUUUGUUGUUUUGUUUGAUUGAAGAAUUAAUUACCCUUUUUGCUGAAGUUUUAAUUUUGAAAUUGCUGCAUAAGUUUAGUAGUAGCAUAGCUAUAGACUCAAGAGGGUUUGUGAAAUUAGAAGUGAUUUUGGGAAAAUGGGGAAGCCUUUGAUUUAUGAGAUCUUGGAAAAACCAGCCACAAGUUGCAUUAUAGGAAUAUGCAGUGCUAUUUGGUUCUACAUACAGAAGAAAAAUAUUGGGUAUUCACAUGUGGGUCUGAGUUAUGAGACUGCAAUGGAAGGGCAACAUUGGAGAAUAAUCACUUCUGCAUUUUCUCAUAUAAGUAUAAUUCAUCUUGUUUUUAAUAUGAGUGCACUUUGGAGUCUUGGUGUGGUUGAGCAGUUGGAAAAUGUAGGUCUUGGUGUCGAGUAUUAUUUGCAGUAUACACUUGUGAUGGUUGUUGUAUCAGGGGUGUUGGUUUUGGCUAUGUAUCAUCUGUUGAUUCAGAGGUUCAAGGUUGAGUAUUUUCGCCGAGUUACGGCUGUUGGAUAUUCCUGUGUUGUGUUUGGUUGGAUGACGGUUCUUUCUGUGAAGCAACCUUCUUCCAAGUUGAAUCUCUUUGGAUUUCUUUCACUUCCUAUCAGUUUCGCCCCAUUUGAAUCGCUUGUCUUCACUUCGAUUAUUGUUCCUCAGGCAAGUUUUCUUGGCCAUUUAUCGGGGAUUGUUGUUGGAUAUGCUAUAGCUUGGGGUUUGAUUCAUGGGAUGACUAAUUACUGGGCACUUUCUUUAUUGGGUUGGAUUGUUCUUGUCUUUGUUUUGAGUUUGAAGAAAUCUGGUGUACUUGACCUGAACUUCAUUGAGAUUGAAUCUGUUACCGAUCCUUCCUUACCGUCUGUGCGGUUUUUGGGAUCUGGCAAUGGCAGAACCCUGCAGAUGAGUGCAUUGCCAGAUGGAAAUGUUGAACUUGUUUAAUGUUGAACUGAUAUAUUAUUGUCAUGUAACAUCGACACAAUCAAUAUUGAUAGCAAUAUGACUCCAUUUUUUUCCAAUAUAGUAUUUGUUCAAAGUUUCAUCAUUUUUUUGUUUUAAGUGUUUGCAUCUUUAGCUAUAUGAUAAUGAAUGUUUUCAGAUGAUGUAUGCCAAUUCGAUGAAGUGACACUGUUUAUUUCAUA